CUGAUGGGAGUCUGGACCGGGAGUUGCAUUGAUACCACACACACACACACACACACACACUCUUACUGUAGAUGUUGAAACCUAUUAUCGCUUACAGGUAGGCUCGGAUAAGUACUUCCCUGCUACCUCGGGACUGGUUCUGUGCGUUAAGCAGGAUGCGAUCUGGCCUGGUCGGUCUGCACUGAGCGGAAAUGAGAUGAAGUGAUGCAUUGUGAUGGAAGGAAUGGAGGGGAGUGCUCGGUCGUUGCCUACUCGCUUCAUUUUCACUUUUUUGCUUGUUCUUCAUUCUAGACCUGCUUUUGACGGGCGGUGGGCUGUGAAGAGUGUAGUAAGUAGUGAGUGAGUGAUGAAGAGGAAGUUGAUGAGGCUGUAAAUCUCUCGCUCUCUUCUUAUGUUUAUCUUUUUGUCGGUCUGUGUGUAUGUGUGUGGGGGUAUAUAUUGGUGUAUACAAUGCCAGAUGAAGUGUUCUCGAAGAAAUAUACUAGUACUAUACAUCCAAUCUCUGGCUAGUUAUUAUCAUAUCAUACAAUCCGGAUUUACUCUAUACUACUUACUGCUGCCGUUACACCAACUACUCCUUACAUUGAAUACUACUUACUUAUCUACCGACAUACCCCAAAUCCAAAACAAACCCAAUCAGAAUGCCCAAAACUACCUCUAGUACAAGGUAAGUACUUUUACCAAUCA